CAGAGUCGAGAUUGAUUGUGAUGAAGGAGAAACAACAGAAUUGCCAUGUAUCGAGGGUUUAUGUGGGAAGACGUGUCGUGCAUCUGGGAAGCAACCUUAGCAACCGAAGAAUCCUGAACAGCCUGCAGAGUUGCUUUACGUAGAAUCAUUAUUUCAUCGCCGACGUCCCAUUUUCAGCACCUUGGACAACGACGAGCACGCUUCAUAGUGCGACAGGCUGAGGGAAAAAAGGGGGUAAUCGACGAAUAUUUCUAUAUUUACCAGAUCUUCUUCUUCUAUAUCUACAUUUAUCACCGUGAGUGAGACGUAUUGAUUAAUUCCGUAUCUAAAGACCCUGUAAUAAUCAAGGCAACAUGGGAACUGUACUCUCAGUGUCCCCGAGCUACCGAAAGGCAGGCCUGUUUGAUGAAAAACCACCACCUCUGGCACAUUAUACAGCUGUGCAGAACAGUAAAAACGCCAAGGACAAGAGCCUGAAACGGCAGUCAUUCAUCAAUGUCCUGCCAUGGAAGCGCAUUGUGGCAGCUUCGGCCAAGAGAAAAGGUUCUAAGAAGCUGGCCUCUGUGAUUUCAGAUAGUUUUGAAGCUUAUUUGUAGCAAUGAAUGCAAAACCUGAAGAAGUCCCAGUCCUGUGCCAACCUCUCCGGCUUCACCCAGGAGCCGGCCGUGAGCUCCAUUCCCACAUCGAAAACCACCACCAAUGUGGCCUCCACUGCGAAGAGGACCUCCAUCACCGGAUCGGUGGGCCAAGCGACCAACGCGGGCACACCCAAAAGAGUAAUCGUGCAGGCUUCCACCAGCGAGCUCCUGAGGAGCCUAGGCGAGUUCCUGUGCCGACGCUGCUACCGAUUGAAGCGCCUCUCCCCAGCCGACCCUGUUCUGUGGCUGCGCAGCGUGGACCGCUCCCUUCUGCUGCAGGGCUGGCAGGACCAGGGCUUCAUCACCCCGGCUAACGUGGUCUUCCUCUACAUGCUCUGCCGUGAGGUCAUUUCGGCCGAGGUGUCCAGUGAGCGCGAGCUACAGGCCGAGCUGCUCACUUGCCUCUACCUCUCCUACUCCUACAUGGGAAACGAGAUUUCAUACCCGCUCAAGCCCUUCCUGGUGGAGACGGAUAAGGAUGCCUUCUGGAAUCGCAGUUUGGCGAUCAUCAACCGCAUGAGUAGCAAAAUGCUCCAGCUUAACUCUGACCCACACUACUUCACACAGGUUUUUGCUGACCUGAAAAACGAAAGUCAAAAGGAGGAGGAGAGCCGGCUGCUUAUAGGCCUGGAUCGAUAAG